UCAGUGGGCGAGUGGGCGAGUGGGCGAGCGGGCGGCGGGCGGCGGGCAGCUCGGUGUGGACGGCGGUGGCCACUGAGAGGACUCAGGCGGUCGGUUGCGGACCAGGUGGAGGAAGGCGUCCCCCGGGGCACGACCGCCCGCCAUGAAGCCCCCCGCAGCCUGUGCGGGAGACGGCCUGGCCACGGCGGCCGCGUGCUCCGUGGUGAACUACCUGCGAUGGGACCUGAGCGCCCAGCAGAUCGGGGAGCGCACGGCGGAGCUCAUCGAGCAGACCAAGCGGGUGUACGACCAGGUGGGCGCGCAGGCGUUCGAGGACGUGUCCUACGAGAGCACGCUCAAGGCGCUGGCUGACGUGGAGGUGUCCUACACGGUCCAGAGGAAUAUCCUCGACUUCCCCCAGCACGUUUCCCCCUCCAAGGCCAUCCGGACGGCCAGCACGGAGGCGGACAAGAAGCUGUCGGAGUUUGACGUGGAGAUGAGCAUGCGGCAGGACGUGUACCAGAGGAUCGUCUGGCUGCAGGAAAAAGUUCAGAAGGACUCGCUGCGGCCAGAGGCCUCGCGGUACCUGGAGCGCCUGAUCAAGCUGGGCAGGAGGAACGGCCUGCACCUGCCUGCGGAGACUCAGGAGAAAAUCAAGAACAUCAAGAAGAAGCUGAGCCUCCUGUGCAUCGACUUUAAUAAGAACCUGAACGAGGACACGACCUUCCUGCCCUUCACGCGGGACGAGCUGGGAGGGCUCCCCGAGGACUUUCUGAACUCGCUGGAAAAGGCCGGGGGUGAGAAGCUGAAGGUCACCCUCAAGUACCCGCAUUACUUCCCACUCCUGAAGAAGUGCCACGUGCCCGAGACCCGGAGGAAGGUGGAGGCGGCCUUCAACUGUCGCUGCAAGGAGGAGAACUGCGCGAUCCUCAGGGAGCUGGUGGCCCUGCGGGCGCAGAAGUCCAGCCUCCUGGGAUUCAGCACGCACGCCGACUACGUGCUGGAGAUGAACAUGGCGAAGACCAGCCAGGUGGUGGCCACUUUCUUAGAUGAGCUGGCCCAGAAGCUGAAGCCCCUCGGGGAGCAGGAGCGGGCGGUGAUCCUGGAGCUGAAGAAGGCCGAGUGCGAGCAGCGCGGCCUGGAGUUCGACGGGCAGAUCAACGCCUGGGACAUGCGCUACUACAUGAACCAGGUGGAGGAGACGCGCUACAGUGUGGACCAGAACCUGCUCAAGGAGUACUUCCCCAUGCAGGUGGUCACGCGGGGGCUGCUGGGCAUCUACCAGGAGCUGCUGGGCCUGACCUUUGACCUGGAGGAGAGCGCCACCGUGUGGCAUGAGGACGUGAAGCUGUACUCCGUGAGGGACGCAGGCUCCGGGCAGGUCAUCGGCAAGUUCUACCUGGAUCUCUACCCGCGGGAAGGCAAGUACGGGCACGCAGCCUGCUUCGGCCUGCAGCCCGGCUGCCUGCGGGAGGACGGCAGCCGCCAGAUCGCCAUCGCGGCCAUGGUGGCCAACUUCACCAAGCCCACCCCCGACGCCCCCUCGCUGCUGCAGCACGACGAGGUGGAGACCUACUUCCACGAGUUCGGGCACGUGAUGCACCAGCUCUGCUCUCAGGCGGAGUUCGCCAUGUUCAGCGGCACGCACGUGGAGCGCGACUUCGUGGAGGCGCCUUCGCAGAUGCUGGAGAACUGGGUAUGGGAGAAGGAGCCGCUGCUCAGGAUGUCCCAGCACUACCGGACGGGCAGCGCCAUCCCCCCGGAGCUGCUCGAGAAGCUCAUCAAGUCCCGGCAGGCCAACACAGGCCUCUUCAACUUGCGCCAGAUCGUCCUGGCCAAGGUGGACCAGGCCCUGCACACGCAGACGGCCGCAGACCCAGCCGAGGAGUACGCCCGCCUCUGCCAGGAGAUCCUUGGGGUCCCAGCCACGCCAGGGACCAACAUGCCCGCGACCUUCGGCCACCUGGCAGGCGGCUACGACGCGCAGUACUACGGCUACCUGUGGAGCGAGGUGUACUCCAUGGACAUGUUCCACACGCGCUUCAAGCAGGAGGGUGUCCUGAACGGCAAGGUCGGCAUGGACUACAGAAGCUGCAUCCUCAGACCCGGCGGCUCUCAGGACGCCAGCGCCAUGUUGAAGCUCUUCCUGGGUCGCGACCCCAAGCAGGACGCCUUCCUCCUGAGCAAAGGGCUGCAGGUGGAGGGCAGCGAGUCCCCGGCCUGCUGACACAUGGGCCUCCUGCCGGCCCUGGACUAGGGGACUCGGCCCCGCCAGGCUCCCGCCGGGACACAGGGCAGCCGGGCGAGGAGCGGGCUGCUGGCUCUGCCUGUUCGUUCCCACGUGUGGUCUCUGCAGCCCCGCUCAGUGGCCGGCCUGGGCCAGAACGACCUCGUCCUCCAGGCGGCUGCGGGCUCCCGGGCCCGCUCAGGGCCUGCCCCAGGCGGCGCCAAUGCAGCCCCUUCCUGGGGAGUUCUCCUGGUCAAGGGAUGGCACCUCUUUCAAAUGCAGGCAUUAAAAAAGAAAGAAAGAAAAGAGGGGCUCCUGGCCUGUGUCUCACGCCCAUCCUCCUGCACAGAAUAGCGGACAUUGGUUGUCACACUUGGGAUCCAGUUGUUUGGUUUCUGUUAAGCCCUAAACUUGGCGGUCAGCCCUCCUGCUGGAAACGCUGGGCAGUUGAAGGCUACUCUCUGUGCGCUGGAACAUUCUGGACUGUGACACACUUGGGUCGCUGGGAGACGGCUGAGCUGUCGGAGCGACUGCAGCCAGGGGCCGUGGGCUGUGGGGCUGGGGUGCUGGGAUCGCUCACCCAGAGAGGUUUGUUUCCUGCCAGCCUCCCACCUAGCACGUGUCUGGGGACAUCCCCCGCCUGCCCCCAGUGCCGCACUGACCCAUGUAGGGCAGGCCCAGCUCCUCCGAGAAGCCUGCGCACCGGCGACCAGGACGCGACAGCCGCCCGCCCUCGGCCCGGAUGUGAGUCACCGGGCAGGCCUCCUGGCUCCGGGCCGGAGGCUCUGGGAGGGCUUUGACAGGGGCUGGUUUCUGAUUAAUGAGCACAGCUGUUGGAGCCCGGCCGUGACCUUUCUUGUCCACGUGACCCUGAAGACCAGAGGCAGACGUGGCCCUGUCCUCCCGCUCAGGGCUCGGCUCCCUCUGGCCGUGAGGCUGUUGGCAGCGUGGCAAAGUCUGGGCUGUGGGAGAGCGGCCUCCCAGGGCCUCUGGCGAGUCUUCAGAAAGACCUUGGUGGUAUUUUUUGGUCCUUCACUUGAGCAGGCGGGUGGCUGUACCCCUGGCUCGUUUGGUCCAGACCGCCCCGUGUCUUCUUCCCUGGCCUUUGAGCUCCUCCAGAGCCUGCCUCCUGCCCCUGCGUCCUCCCCUCGCGUCCUUCGUCCCUGCAAAGGGUCAGUGGAGUGAGGGACCAGACAGCGCCCUGACCCAUCUCCCCCAGGCUCAGGUGACUGGCUGCACCUCCCUGGGGACAAUCUGUCUGCCCCUGACCAUCCAUCCUCACCAGCCCUGGGCCAGUCCAGCUGUGGAGCCUCAUGGGGGCUUGCUCAGCUUCCUGCACCCACUUCUGUACCUUUUAAACUGGGGCAGGGGGGUGAGUGUUGUUGGCCGGUCACUUGUCCAGAGCUGGUGGGCGCCCUGUGGCCGGGAGGGCUGUGCCAAGAGGCGGAAGUUGAUAGCGGGAUUCGAGGCAGCUGUGGCUUAUGCUUGAAUUACCUGGGUCUCAAAAGAGGGAAAAAAAUAUACAGCAGAGACCACACCCAGGCAGCCAUCUGGGCACCUCCUAAUGGAUGGAGGUGCCGUGUCAGGGGGCUGGGGGCUCUCCUCGCCUUCUCCUGCACUGAGCGCCCGCAUGGCCUCCCUCUGGUCCCCAUGCAAAGUCCAGCCGUGGGGUCAGCACCCCCAGUUGUGUGCUAGACAGUUGGGGGCAGUGGGAGGUGGAGCCACAGACCUCAGGCUCGUGGGCCGCAGGGUCCCCACGCGGGCAGGUCAGGAUGCCAGCAGAGAGCGUGGCUGCUGGGUGCAUCCAGGACAGCCGCGGUGCGCUUGAGGGAGGCCUCACCGGAAGUGUCCGUGUUUCUCCCAGCCGCUCUGGGACCUGUAGGUGGUUGGUCCCUGAGGCUGAAGUGACGGCUCUGACCCCUGGAGCAGCAGCACAGCUGGCACCUGUCACCAGGGGCCGGGGGCCUGGGGCUGGGAACCUGCGGGCGCUCCAGGAGGCCCCGGUGCCGCGCAGUGUCUGCUCCUCUGCCCCGUCCCCUCCCGGGGUUCCCACAGGACUCCAAGGACAGCCUGGAGUCAGGAUCCGCGCCAACCCCUGCCUCGCCCCUACGAGGGAAAAAGGGAAAUAAAAACAAGAAUGGAGCCUGUGUGUUCUGCCAUCCUUGUAACAUUUCCGUACAGACUUGCUUGUUGGAUUUUGAUGAGACCUGGACACUAAAGGGGGCCCCUGUGCACCCUGGCGGGCCGCCUCCGGCUGGGUCGGGCCUGAGAAGUUGGCCCGCGGCUUCCCAUCCCUGCCCGCACCCCAGGCUUCACGGCUGCUCUUGCCGUCUGGAAACUUCAGCCAGGAUCUCGAGGAGCCCCGUCACACACGAGACUCUGGGAAGAGCCGUGGGGCCUCUCUAGCUG